AUGCCUCCGCGCUGCCGCCCCGCCUCCGGCUACCACGGUGUUCGGGCGCGGACGAGCGGCCGCUUCGAUGCGGAGAUCCGCUUCGGCGAUGAGCGGAUACGCCUCGGAACUUUCGACACCGCGCACGAGGUGGCGCGGGCGUACGACGCCGUCGCCUGGCGCCUCGGACGCUCCCGCCGGACUAUGAACUUUCGUGAUGUCUGGAUGCGGGAGCAGGCGGAGCAGCUCGCGCCGCCGCCACCGGUCAUCACGCGCGAGCAGCAGCGCCGCCAACGGGAGCUCGAGCAGCUCCUCUGCAUCGCCGAGCCUAGGAUGGUCGGCGGCGUGGGGGCCCGACCUGAAUAA